CUUGGCGGCGGGCAACACUGAACCUCCCAGCAUGCUUUGCGGCCUGGCGGAGAGGCCCGACGCCUAGUGAUGGGGAGCCCUCGAUGCUCUACGCCGCCAAAUCGGCUGUAGCGGUUGAGGUUGAGCCCGGGGCCUGGGAAUUGGACGCUCGCAGAGGGGGAAAAUGGAAGCGUGGCGCUGUGUGAGGAGAGGCUACGGCCGCUGUGUGGUGGGGAGAGGCAGAUACCCCAUGUUACCCCAUCACCAGAAGAGUCUCGGCAGAGACUGGACUGCACCGUGGGAGAAUCUGCAAAGGUGUUGCUGGAACAGACAUAUUUCUAGUUGUAUGAGGUGGCCUGGACAUUAUUCUCGUGCUCCUUACCCAUACUUCAGUAGUAGGCAUUUUUCACUAAAUUGGAGACCACCUUGUUUGUUUGAGUCUAGAACUCAGUUUCAGUACUGGAACUGGAGACCUGACAACCUGAGCCAGACAUCUUUGAUUCAUCUCUCUAGUUACAUCAUGAACUCUGAGGGAGAUGAGCCUUCAUCAAAACGAAGAAAACACCAAGGCACAAUAAAACGGGAUUGGGAAUAUAUAUGUAACCAUAAUAAAGAAAAAACGAAGAUCCUAGGAGACAAAAAUGAUGACCCCAUAUGUGAAGACAGUGAGAACAAGUUUGACUUUUCAGUGAUGUCCUAUAAUAUACUUUCUCAAGAUUUAUUGGAAGACAAUUCACACCUUUAUAAGCACUGCCAGCGGCCAGUAUUACACUGGAGUUUUAGGUUUCCCAAUAUUCUGAAAGAAAUUAAACACUAUGAUGCAGAUGUACUUUGUUUGCAAGAAGUGCAAGAAGAUCAUUAUGGAACAGAGAUCAGGCCAAGUUUGGAAUCAUUGGGUUAUCACUGUGAAUACAAGAUGCGGACAGGAAGGAAACCUGAUGGCUGUGCCAUUUGCUUCAAACAUUCCAAAUUUUCCCUCUUAUCAGUGAACCCAGUGGAAUUCUACCGCCGUGAUGUUCCUCUAUUGGACAGAGACAAUGUUGGAUUAGUGUUACUCUUGCAGCCCAAAAUCCCAAGUGCUGCCUCCCCUGCAAUCUGUGUGGCUAACACACAUCUGUUGUAUAACCCAAGGCGAGGUGAUAUUAAACUGACCCAACUGGCAAUGCUUCUGGCAGAGAUUUCCAGUGUUGCCCAUCAGAAAGAUGGCAGCUUCUGCCCCAUUGUUAUGUGUGGUGACUUUAAUUCUGUUCCUGGUUCUCCACUGUAUAGUUUUAUAAAGGAAGGGAAAUUGAAUUAUGAAGGACUUGCCAUAGGAAAGGUAUCUGGCCAGGAACAGUCUUCACGGGGACAAAGAAUUUUAUCUAUUCCAAUUUGGCCCCCAAACCUAGGUAUCUCACAGAACUGUGUGUAUGAGGUACAGCAGGUACCAAAAGUAGAAAAGACAGACAGUGAUCUGACACAAACACAGCUGGACAAAACAGAGGUCCUAGUAACAGCUGAAAAAUUAUCUUCAAAGUUACAGCACCAUUUCAGCUUGUCAUCUGUUUAUUCACAUUAUUUUCCUGACACUGGAAUUCCAGAAGUGACCACCUGUCAUUCCCGAAGUGCCAUAACUGUGGAUUAUAUUUUCUAUUCCGCUGAAAAGGAAGGUGUUGCUGGGCAGCCAGGAGCCGAAGUUGCUUUGGUUGGUGGCUUGAAACUUCUAGCUAGACUGUCACUUCUUACAGAACAAGACUUAUGGACUGUUAAUGGACUUCCAAACGAAAAUAACUCUUCGGAUCAUCUGCCUUUAUUGGCUAAAUUCAGACUUGAGCUCUGACUCCUUUGUUUUUUUUUUUUCAGUACGCGGGCCUCUCACUGUUGUGGCAUCUCUCGUUGCAGAGCACAGGCUCCAGAUGUGCAGGCCAGCGGCCAUGGCUCACGGGCCUAGCCGCUCCACGGCAUGUGGGCUCUUCCCGGGGCACGAACCCGUGUCCCCUGCAUCGGCAGGUGGACUCUCAACCACUGCGCCACCUGGGAAGCCCCUUACUCUUCUUUGAUUACAUAUAUACUGUGCUUUCCCAUUUAUGUUCUUUUUCAAAGAAUGUAAAGUUGUUCUUAAGAGUUUGCAUGUUACUUAUUUUUAUGCUAUGGAAUUUUUGAAGAGGUUAUGUUAAAUGCUUGAAACAGGUAGCAGAAGAAACAAGUUUACAACAAUUUUCUUUUUUUGAUAAUGAAAAAAUAUUUUCCUGACAAGUGAGAUCUAAACGCUCUUUAUUGUAAAAGAGUUGUAAAUAUUUAUUAUAAAUUCCAGUAAAAUUGACAGUGAUUUUUAAAUACAGUGCAGUUUCUUUAGUCCUCUUAGUAAAGAAUUUCAUGUUUUUGGCAAGCUUUACAGUGGAUCCAAAAUAUCUUUGAGUUCUUACAAACCACAACUCAUUUCCCUUGCAGAGGCCCGAUUUCAUCAUGAGGAUCAUAUGUUUGUUGAGUCCUAAGUAGUUCAUCUCAGAAAUCAUCGGGUUCACAAGUGUCCAGCCAACCAUUAUAGUUUGUUUUUGAGGGGGCUCAGUAAUGCUUUUCAAAAUUGUACAGACUGCUUAAUCCAUCUUCUUACUAUCCUGAGCCGUGUAAUAUGCCUGCAUUUUAUUGGGGAAAUAUAGGUCACCAUAACUAGUAGGAUGAAGUGCUUUACACAAGCCCACUUUCCAUCCUGUCAGAGACCAUUGCAGGAUACCUAGGAGAGGCAGAGAUUGGGGUUAUGCCUUGUGUUUCCCUAGUAAUUUUUUUUUUUUUUAUAUUCGGUUUCAAGAAAAGAUCCCUGGAUUGGGAAAGAUAUUUUAUUUUACUUAACUAAUCCUGUAGAAAUUUAUUUUAUUAGGAAACAUAUUUGGAACAAAGUGGCAGCUAUAAGGUUAUUUUUAUUUUGCCUUAGAAAUAAGAGGAAGCCAGCAAAACUCUAGAGAGAUAUCAACUUGGAGACCUAAUGCUCAUAAGUAGUAACUUUAACUGUUUUGUUUUGUUGUGGUUUAACUGUUGUGGUUUUGUUUCUAAAAUGUUUUAUUUUAUGCAGCAGUGUGAGAUGAUGCUGAUUUUUUUUAUAAAGUGGUGAAGAUCAGGCCUAAAAUAUCCUGUAGUUGGCUCUGUAUAAGUGUUUGAAUCAAAAAUUUUUAAACAUAAUUGAAAAUUUCCUUUUUUAGACAUUGGGAUCAAAGAAUUAUAUACAUUUUUACUAAGUAGUAAUUUUAUAUUGAAUUAUACUGAAUUAUACAAUGGGUUUUACAGUGGGUUUUUUUUACAGUGGGUUUUCUUAAUAGAAUACUUCAUCUUAAAUUAGAAAGCAGCAGCUACUUUAUAGUCUUGGACUUUAAAAGUUUUUCUACUAAAGUAUUUACUACAAUGUUUAAAAAAUAAACCAGAUAAAUACCCCCAAAAGGCAUGUGGGUUACAAGGAUUUGCCUAGUAAAAAUUAUAGCGAUAAGCAAGUACUUUUAACUGUUUAAUGUCUUUCUCUCACAGUAUUAACUAUAGUUCUAGGAUUUUUCAUUUCGUAGUAAGUUUUCAGAAAAUUGUAUGUUCUAAUUAGCAGAUAUUGUCAUCAUCAAAUAAUAACAGCACAUAGUAUAUUUAUCCCCUUUUAGUAUUGGGGAAAGAAAAAUGAAGAUUCAUUGAUUACUACUUUGUGUUGUGUGAAUUUAUUAACUAACUUUAUAUAUAGGUAUUGUUGAUAAACAUCCCUGAAAACCUCUAUGAAAACUUAAUUUUUUGUAUCCUGAUUAAUAUAUUGUGAUUUUAGGCCCUUUUCAUGUGCUUCACUUCAAUAGAGUUAAUCCAUAAAAUUGCUUUCUACUUUAGCUUAUAGAAUGAAGUAUUAUUUUGUGUACUGGAGGCCAAAGGGUCCAUGUAACAUCAUAGCUUUUUAAAGCUCCACUAGGGACUUCUCUGGUGGUGCAGUGGUUAAGAAUCCACCUGCCAAUGCAGGCGACAUGGGUUCAGUCCCUGGUCCGGGAAGAACACACAUGCCACGGAGCACCUAAGCCUGUGUUCCACAACUACUGAGCGUGCAAGCCACAACUACUGAAGCCUGUGCGCCUAGAGACCGUGCUCUGCAACGAGAAGCCACUGCAGUGAGAAGCCUGCGCACUGCAACGAAGAGUAGCCCCCACUUGCUGCAACUAGAGAAAGCCUGUGCACAGCAAUGAAGACCCAGUGCAGCCAAAAAUAAAUUUAUAUAAAAAAAAAAGCUCCACUAAAAUUAACGUCCAUUUUCUUUACUUUUUUCGGUCCAAAGAGUUAAUAACUCUGUUGGAUCCUUGUAUUUAUCUGCCAAAAUUAAAUUAAAUUUGGUUAAUUGCUGAAACCAAAUCUCCCAGUCUCAAGCGCUAUGCUAUCCAAGUGUGUGGGGGUGCGGGGGUUUGUUUUUUUUUUCUUUGGCUGCACCCUGCGACUUGUGGGAUCUUAGUUCCCUGACCAGGGAUUGAACCUGGGCCAUGGCAGUGAAAGCAGAGUCCUAACCCCUGGACCUCCAGGGAAUUCCCUAUGCUAUUUAAGUUUUAAAUGGAAAGGGAUAUAUUAUGGAGUAAUGAAAUGCUUUACUGUAUGUAGCCUUUGCUAUCUGUAUGCGUGUUUGAAAUCAUCUUUUUUGGAAUUUAGCAGCGGUCUGCUUUUAACCCUUUGCUUUCAUAAAAAAACUAAGAUCCAGAGAAUUCAAGGGGUUGGAGAAACAUUCACGUCAAGUCAUUUGCACUUUUUCCCUGUAAGUUACCUAAUAUAUUAUUGUACUAGUACAUCUGUGCCUGAAGAUUUUGUGGUAGAUGUACUAAGCUGUGUAACUGACUUGUUGCCUCUUCUAAAUUGUUUCAUUACCCUUUUCAGCCUUUAUUACUUAGGGUGAUACCAAAAUAUAAGUGAAUUAAGAUACACCAAAAUAGAGUGAUGUUUAACACAGUCUGAAAAUUGUGGAUGACAACAAGGGUGAGAGAGUGAUAAAUUAGUUUACCAACAAGGGUGACAGAGUGAUAAAUUAGUUUACUAGGACAAGUAUGUAAUAAGAGGAAUAAGAAAAAAAUCACACCAUUUAUAUUUUUAGAAGGAAAACAAUCCUUGAGUUUCCAGGAUGGUUUUAUUAAAGUCCCAUGCUGUGUAUAAACAUACAGGUGAUGAGAAAAACAUUAACUUGAAACAUGCACUUAUCUGGCAUUCUCUAAAAUACCAUUAUACAAGUUUUCAUUUACUUAGAAAAAUACCCACUAAAACAAUCACAGUUUUUCUUAAAAGAUUUUAAAAAAUGUGUUGGCCAGAACAAAGUCCAGAGAAUAAACAAGAUUCUGAAUUGCAUGUCAAAAAAACUGUACAAGGUUGUACAUAAAACUAUAGCUUACAAAAGCCUCGGGUAUAGUAAGAAUACUGAAUUAAGAUUUCCAAAGUUCUAUUUACCAAUAUCUAUUAAUAAAAUCCUUAUGAAAUAAUUGACUUAGAAAAAGUGAAAUGCUCAUGAUUUCAGAGUGUAUAGAAAACACUAAAUACCACUUUCUGAAAUAAAGUGUACUCAAAACAGCACAACAUGUAGUCUAGAAUCAAAAUUUCUGUCAUUCAUUUAAACUUUGCAUGUAUUGCCAUAAUGGCUUAAGCAUAAAAUUUCUCUUGCAUUAAUAACUUUAAAAACUAGAUUUCAGAUCACUUCAUAGUUUUGUUUUUUAUCUUUUGAAUUAUAGCCAGUUUUAAAAUCAGUUCUAGGGGGUAAAUCAUGUCUUUUUUUUUUUUUUGCCUUAUCAAUUAAAUUACUUCACUAGAAUGUAGGAGUUUGUUGCCUUUCUCAUAUCUUUUAGAAAUUAACAUACUCCAUAGGCAAUAAAAAUAGAAUAACAACCAAGAACAUUUUAAAUUAAUUUUCAUGUUUCUGUGACUAACUCUUGCUUUGGGGAAAUGAAUCUUAAAAUCAAGAAAUGAGUGUGGAAUAAAUCAGGUUACUAAUUGAAUCAUCAAGCCAGUUGGCAGUUUUAAGGCUUAUACAUCAGCAUAUUAGAAACAGGCUGUAUUCCUAUUCCUUUCCCCUUUUCUGUGGGAAACAAGAGGCUAUGCAACUCUUGACAUUCCAUAUUUUAGAUUGGACAGUACUUAAUACUUGGAAAAUCCUAUUCCAAGCUCUUAGAAUGAUUGCAAUGUUAUAAGUAGUCUACUUAUUGGAUAUAGUAUUUUCAGAUUGAUAAACAGAUGAUGGUAUUUCAUCUAGAGAGAGAGCUAGGUCAGUAUUGUUUUAGAAUGAGAAUGAAAUGAUUCACUGGCGACUGCAAACAUCCAAAUACAAGUGGCCAUGAGGCUGCAAAUGGGUUCAUCUUGUGAAGAUUAUGGAUAACUCAUUUUAAAUUCUGCUAACUGAUAGUACUAUGCUUGAGGAAAGUGGUUAAGUUCCGAAUUUUUAACUUAUGCUGUAUUUUAAUCUAACUGAGAUGUACACUUCAGUCAAAGAAAACCAGAGGGGGAAGUACUGAGACUGAAAUAACACUUUUGUUGACUAGCAGACUUCACUUAAAUAUGCCUUUUGGUCUCAUGAGUUGGCAUGGUUGCUAAGAUCAAACAUAUGAAACGGAAGCUGUACUCUUGAUAACAUACAGACUUGGUAUGCUGUUAGAGUUAUUCUGUGUGGUCUGCAGCCAGAAGUUACACUGUAACUACCAUAUGCAGGCCGGAUAUUCAUACUGUGCUCCGUGGACUAAAUCACACUAUAAGGUGUAACACUGCACCUGAAGACUUUUCCAUUAAAACUAAGGUUCUGCUUCUCUAAUUCAUUGUAUUUUCCAAUACCAGUUCCUAAGCAUCCUGAAGUGGUACCUAAAAGCAAUGUACUGGAAAAUAAUCACAUCGUGUUGUAUUUGGUCUUAAUAUAAGACAUCAGAACACAUCUCUAACAGCAGUGAGUCCUUCAGAAUCGAGGCCUGACUUAGAGUUUCGAAAUCAGGUGAAAUGGGAUCAGCAAGGUUAGCUGGUUCUCAAGACCUACUGAUUCACUCCUGGCCUGUGCCUUUGAGUGUGUUACUGUCAGAGGUAAUUGCAAUACUGCUAAAUGUGUGUAACAGUUCAUGACCCUGUGUGCUUUUUGCUGGACCCUGCAAAGUUUAAAUGUUAGUGACAGAACAUAGACUAGCUUCUGAACGUGCUUUUCUUUUGUUUUGAAAGAACAAAAACUGCUGUCAGUGAAUGCUUUAAGAAAGGUUUAAGAAAGAAGUAACUCCAAGGUCCUGAAAAUGGUUUCCCGUAUUGCCAGAAGAAUUUCAGUGCUUUUCUAGUAAAACACUUGCAUAUAUAAUACCUUAAAUUUCAUCGCAUGUGUGCACCAGGAAAAAAAUUCCAGACCUUGUGGAGAUCCCCAUGGAAAAUAUUGGGGAAACAAUACAAAUAGAAUAUAAAAAAACAAAACACCAUUAAAUUUGCAUAUCUGAUGUCAAGAUGCUGAGGUAAUAUUGACUGCUUACAAAAAGACCCCACCAAUCUUUGCCGCUGUUAUUGCUGAAAAAGACAUUAAUACUGAUUGAGUUUACCUUACUAUAUCAAAAGUGGGAGGGAGGGUUUCAUGAACAUUUACUACUGCUGUUUAAAACAAGUAAAAGAAUGUAGGUAAAUGGGAAAAUAUAAAACUACAGUUAUGGUCUUAUCCUUUCUAUCUGGAGUGAGGGAGACAGUCUGACCGCAGUGGGAUUUAUUACUUAGCCUUUUCAUGGUUGUCCCUUCGUGAAUUUUUUUAAAGUUCAUUGUUACCACCCACUCAGAGUCUAUUCCAAGUGAACCCUUACAAAUAAAAUUCACAAGUUCUUAAUAAAUAGUUGCAGUUCCUCCUGAAGAUGCUGGGUAAAGUGCAGACAGAAGCACCAUAGAAGCCCUGUUGCUGGCUGUAUUGCUGGCCUAAAUUCGGAUUUGAUAGCCCACUUCAUUCAGAGUGCUGAGAUCAGCCACCUUCUUUUCAGGCAAUGCAGGCCUAAGGGUAAAAGAAAGAUGGUAGGCGAGAGGGGAAGGGACAGAAAGAUCAUUCAGUAUUGUCAGGGACCUCUACCCUUUUGGUAUUUGCCCCCCCUACACACACACACACCAGCCUUAGCUCCCAACUCCACCUCUUGUUUCUCAAAUCCACCUUUAUAGGUUUUAAGGAACCUUUUAAUAGGCUUUCAUUGUAGAGUUCAAAAAAAAUUUACAGGUUGCUGAAUGAGUUUCUUCAACUUUAAGCCUGAACUUGGUCACACUAACUUCUGAAACCUAGUUUCUGUAAACCUUGCAAGGGUCUAAAAAUGUUUGACUACAGUAGAACUGAACAUCUGAACCAGAUUCUCCUAGAAACCUUGGCCGCCUUGUGUCGCUGCCCUGGGGAAGCCCAGCACCUACAAGAUGUCUCAGGUGACUCAGGUUCUUGUGAAGAUUCUCAGUCACUAUUCAUUCCAGGCUUGAGGGUAUAAAAUCAGGAUGAAUCUUUUAGAAUUCAUCUGUAAAAGCAGGUCAGUGUGGAAAAUCAUUCAGUGGCAAAUCACCUCUCUUCCCUAAUUACAUUUUCUCAAGCACUUUCCAAUAUGACAGUACACCCAAGCAUUUAUAGGAAGUCGUAAGAAAGUACUUCAAGGUGGGGAAAGAAAUCAUUCAGUAGCACAUCAUCUGUCUUCAUUGAAGAUACUUCCUAGGUGACUUCCCAGUAUAAAAUCAUACCUAAGUGUUCUCAUGAUUUAUCUCACAAUUUUUUCCAUUUCUAAAAUGAGCCUCGGGGCUUCCCUGGUGGCGCAGUGGUUGAGAAUCUGCCUGCCAAUGCAGGGGACACGGGUUGGUGCCCCGGUCUGGGAAGAUCCCACAUGCCAUGGAGCAACUAGGCCCGUGUACCACAACUACUGAGCCUGCGCGUCUGGAGCCUGUGCUGUGCAACAAGAGAGGCCGCGACAGUGAGAGGCCCGCGCACCACAAUGAGGAGUGGCCCCCGCUCGCCACAACUAGAGAAAGCCCUCGCACAGAAACGGAGACCCAACACAGCAAAAAUAAAUUAAUUAAAUUUUUUUAAAGGCAAAAUUCCUUAAAAAAAAAAAAAAAAAGAGCCUCCUCCUCACCUUCUUUGGUAAGACAUAACCCAGAUUGUAAACCAGUAUGUCUGGGUUCUAACUGAAAAGUUUCACGUUUUUACAAGAAGAUCAAAGACAUUUUUAGGUUACACUUGAACCUUGUCUUAAGUGUUAAAAAAAAAAGAAGAGAGAGACCAAAAUGAAAAUAUAAUUGUUUAAAAGUUUCUUGGUUUAUACCUUUGAAAGAUUUCCUAGCAAUAAAUUUGUUUUUCCCUUGG